CUGCAUCGAUCACUGCUGACAAAUGUAGAAAACUGCAACAAGGACAACUUCCCCCUCGUAUUCUCAGACGUUGAGCUGGUCAUUCGUGAAACUCCAGAGAACCUGGACUUUAUCGAGCGAUUCAUCCCAAAGCUUGAAUGGAAUGCGCUGGUGGACACGGCUAGAUCACUCGGGGACACCAGCUUGCCCGAGGAACAACCGGAAAUGUUGUCUGAGGAGUUCCUGAAAGCCUUACAUCAUGUGCUUAUGGAGAUGCACGUUGAAGAGGGCAAAAUGAUAUGUCAGGGUUGUGGUCACAUCUAUCCUAUAGCAAAUGGCAUUCCGAAUAUGGUGAGUCCCCUGAGGCGGAUCUUGCGUCUGACCUUGGUAUAGCUUCUGGCAGAACAUGAAAUCGGGCGAUGAUCCGCAAUCGCAAU